AUGUACACGGAAAGCAAAUGUUACUAUCAAAAACAUCGAAGAAGCUGUUUCAAUUCUGAAAUCUGUCAAAAAAUACAUGAAAUUCAAUAUUUUGAUGGUAUCAUUGAUUUAUUAAAUCAAAAGGAGAAAGAAAUAAGCGAUUCUACACAGGAAAUUAAAAAACUUCAAGAUAACUUAAAAGCAUUUCAAAAUGAAAAUCAAAAUACGACCAAAGAAUCGACUGUCAAUCAAACCAAUGAAAAUGACAAUCAUUCGAAAGAAAUCAUGAUUAAAAUCGCAAAACUUAAGAAAUCAAAUAAUUUUAAUACCGUUUACAAUUUCCUUAAUGAUCUUUCUUUGAAAGGAAAUCAUGAAAUGUUGUCAAAAGCAUGCGAAGAAGGACUUUGGAAAAAGAUUGCUCCUAAAGAGGAUAAAUAUUCUCCUGAGCAGAAUGUACUUCAUUUUGCAUGUGAAAAAGGAAAUCUCAGACUUGUUAAAUCACUCAUCGAAUGUGGCUGUGAUAAAGAUGCAAAGGAUAAUUAUGAUAUGACUCCACUCAUCUGGGCAUCAGGUUAUGGCCAUCUUGAAGUUGUUAAAUAUCUUAUCUCAGUUGGAGCUGAUAAAGAAGCAAAGAAUAAAGAUGGAUAUACUCCACUCAUUUAUGCAUCAGAAGAAGGUCAACUUGAAGUUGUUAAAUAUCUUAUCUCAGUUGGAGCUGAUAAAAAAGCAAGGGAUAAUGAUGGAUAUACUCCACUCAUUUAUGCAUCAGGUUAUGGCCAUCUUGAAGUUGUUAAAUAUCUUAUCUCAGUUGGAGCUGAUAAAGAAGCAAAGAAUAAAGAUGGAUAUACUCCACUCAUUUAUGCAUCAGAAGAAGGUCAACUUGAAGUUGUUAAAUAUCUUAUCUCAGUUGGAGCUGAUAAAAAAGCAAAGAAUAAAGAUGGAUAUACUCCACUCAUUUAUGCAUCAGAAGAAGGUCAACUUGAAGUUGUUAAAUAUCUUAUCUCAGUUGGAGCUGAUAAAGAAGCAAAGAAUAAAGAUGGAUAUACUCCACUCAUUUAUGCAUCAGAAGAAGGUCAACUUGAAGUUGUUAAAUAUCUUAUCUCAGUUGGAGCUGAUAAAAAAGCAAAGAAUAAAGAUGGAUAUACUCCACUCAUUUAUGCAUCAGAAGAAGGUCAACUUGAAGUUGUUAAAUAUCUUAUCUCAGUUGGAGCUGAUAAAGAAGCAAAGAAUAAAGAUGGAUAUACUCCACUCAUUUAUGCAUCAGAAGAAGGUCAACUUGAAGUUGUUAAAUAUCUUAUCUCAGUUGGAGCUGAUAAAAAAGCAAGGGAUAAUGAUGGAAAAACGGCAUUGAUGUUGGCAAAACGUAAUGUCAAAAAAUACUUAAAAACUAUUUGUGCCGAGUAA